AUGACGAAUCGCACGCCCUCAUCCUCGGGGCUGCUACCGAUGCCUGGAGCACCCUCUUCCUCCUGGGCCGUGUACACGGCCAGGCUGCAGUCACUUUUGCGACACCCCGACACAAAGGUAGUCGUUGCGUUUUGGCUAUUUGGCCUCAUCAACAACGUUCUCUACGUCAUCAUCCUCUCUGCCGCCCAAGACCUUGUGGGAUCUGUCCCUAAGGGCGUCGUGCUCCUCGCGGACGUACUGCCAUCGUUCUUCACAAAGCUGAUCGCACCAUACUUCAUCCAUCGAAUCCCGUAUAACAUCCGAGUCCUCGUCUUCAUCGCCCUCUCCGCGGUGGGCAUGCUCAUGGUCGCGCUUACACCGCCCUCCAAAUCCGUGGCUGUGAAAAUGGCUGGCGUGGUGCUGGCCAGCUUGAGCAGUGGGGGCGGGGAGCUCAGCUUUCUUGGAUUGACACAUUAUUACGGGCAAGUCAGUCUCGCGGGUUGGGGUUCUGGAACAGGUGCAGCAGGGCUUGUGGGUGCCGGCUUGUACGUGGUUCUCACCGAGUGGUGGGGUUUCAGCGUCAAGGACAGCCUGCUUUUCUCCGCCUGCCUGCCCGUGGUGAUGUUUGUGAGCUUCUUCGUGAUAUUGCCGAGGGGACCGUUACGUGAUGCCACGAGAAGGAAGGAAUACGACGCCCUGCCCGAGGACGAGGACGACAGCUCGACACGUGCUCCGCCCGAAACUGCCCUGUUGAACCCCGAGCCAGGUGCCGUGAUUGCAGCGUAUCCCACCGGACAGCAUCCCGGAGAGGCACAUUCGUUGGCCGCAAACCUCAAGCGGGCCAGAGCCCUAGUCGUGCCUUAUAUGAUGCCGCUGUUUCUCGUCUACGUGGCCGAAUACACCAUCAACCAAGGCGUGGCACCGACCCUCCUUUUUCCGGUGGAGGAGUCGCCUUUCCGGGAAUUCAGGGGCUUCUACCCUUUCUAUGGGUUCCUCUACCAGCUCGGGGUCUUCAUCUCCAGAUCCUCGACGCCAUUUGUGCGGAUACGCCAUCUAUAUGUGCCAUCUUUUCUGCAGAUCGGAAAUCUCGCGCUUUUGAUCCUGCAUGCACUGUACUUCUUCAUACCCUCCGUCUACAUCAUCUUUGUGGUCAUCUUCUGGGAGGGGUUACUAGGCGGAGCGGUGUACGUGAAUUGCUUCGCCGAGAUACUGGAAAAGGUGCCCUCGGAGGACAGAGAAUUCAGUUUGGGCGCGGCGACUGUGAGCGACAGCGGCGGCAUAUGCGUCGCUGCCUUGAUUGGCAUCGCUCUUGAGCCCCGGCUCUGCGCCUACCAGGUGGCCCAUGGGAGGGACUGGUGUCGUCAGAUCAAAGCGUCACAUUCAUAG